GCAAGCAAGCAACCUUUGCGCCGGCCAAAGUCGCUGCUGCGACAGCGGUGUAGCUAUCAGAGAUAACAAAUAACAGCUUGCCUGAGAAGUGGUCGAGCGCUGCGAUCAGCAGAGCCACGUCCAAUACACUUGCGGCACUCGAGCGGGUCGGCGUCGUCGCACGCGCCGCCGACGAUGGCCCAAGCCUUACAAGAUGCCUCCACAGCCUUACAAGCAGCAAUAAAAACCUGCGACGCGGCCGGCAACGACGACGCGCGCCUAGCGAGCAGCGCAUCGGUCGCCACGAACCUCGCUUUAUUAAGAGAAGCCACGGCCGACAUCUCGACGGUCGAGGCGCUCCGCGAGAACGCGUCGCAAGCGAAAGCCUGGGACGCCGUCGAGGCCGUGCUGCGCCACCCGAAACUCGUCUUCUCCGCGUCGCUGGCGAACGAGCUCGCGUGCACGGCCGAAGCGUUGUAUGCAAGGGGCGACGCCGGCGGGCAGCUCUACGCGGCCGCGCGGGGCCUCCACGAGUGCUGCGGCGACGUCGCGUCCAUCGCCCAGUCCCUACAAUCGCAGCAGAAGCUCGUCAUCCAGCCCGGCGCGCGGGCUGCGGCGUGCGUCGUGCUCGGCGCUUUGUGUGCAACGUACCCGCGGCGGCUCGGGCCCGGCGCGCUGGGCGAGGCGCGCCAGCGCCUCGCGAAACUCGCGAAGAACGACCAGUCCACCAAAGCCGCAGCGGCCCGGGCACUGGGCCGCGUCGUCCUCGCGUCGCCCGACGAGGGCGUCACGGGCGUCGCGCCGCGGCCCGUGCAGACGCAGCAGCACAAGCAGGCCCUCGUGUGUUCCGGCAAGGACUGCGUGAGUGCGCUCGCCAAGGUCUUGAAGGGCUCGGACGAUUCAUCAUGUCGCAAGGCCGCCGCGGCGUCACUGCGGGACGUCUCACAAAGGGCGGCCGAGGCUUCAGAUAGGGCCGUGGCGAACCUGGCUAGUGUAGUAGCGGACGCCGCAGAAACGUCCAAAACCGCCCCGGCGCCGGCGCCGGCGCCCCCGAAGAAACAAGGAGAGAAGGAACCUGUUCCUGAUGAUCCUGUGAAGAGGGCGCGGUCGACGGUGGACGCAGCGCUGCACCUGCUCGACGCGUCGGUCGCAGUGUGAGUCAGAUUAUCACCGGGACAACGUCGCGUCGAUGGCGUGGGGCGCCUGAGAUGUGGUUUCCACGCAGGUUGGUAGAGACGGCCGCGCGCCAUUUAAGUGACGAGGACACUCUGGUGAGAGUGCACUGCGGCCAAGCUGCGGGAAGCGCAUUGGCGGCCCACGUCCGGUGCGCGCGCGCGACGCGCGAGCGCUUCGCGGCGACGCAGAAUAGAGCGGAUGAGGAGAAGAAGCCUCAUGACGGUGCGAGCCCGCCUAGAAGACUGGGCAGCUUCCCGAAGAUCCAGAUGAUGUCCUCGAAGAAUUCAACCACCGAAUUCGCGAAGCGGACGUCGCCCGUCGCCAAGGCCUUGAGUGGUGGCGACGGCCGCGGGCCUACAUCGGCGGACGCCUGCGCCUUCGUGUCCUCAUUGAUGAUGCGCCAGGUCAAGAGCUCUUCGAGAGCAGGCGUCGCUGGAACAGGUGGCUGCCUCGCUUCACUCCUAAAGAGUGUCGAGGAGGAGGGCCUCCAAGCUACCAUACGAGCGGCGCUCGCACCGUUACGAGGCGUGCCGUCGGAGCACCCUUUACAUGCAACCGUCCGCGCGGCCAUCGCCGACGCGCUAAGACGAGGUUUAGGCGAGGUCCAUGAGAGGAGACAACGAGAAGUUUUAAGUGCUCUACUAACAUUGGCGGGCGCCGUCGACCGGCACGCCGACGACCUGAAGGAGAAGGGCCGGAAGCUCGCGGACGGCGAAUUGCAAGUGGUCUUAGCGGAGUGCGCGCACCUCGCCGCUGCUUUAGGCGAAGCCGCCGCACCGGAAGCCGAAGCAUUAGAAAGAGCCGCAUUGUCGUCGGCGUCGGACCCGGCCUUCGGCGUGCGCUGCGAGGCCGCGGCGCUCGGCGGCGCUUUGGCAUCGGCCGUGCCGGGGCGGGCCGCGCCGCUGGCGACGAUGGCGUUGCGGGGCGCGGCGGCGGAGCACCACGCUUUAGUCGAUCUCGCGUCGGCGCCGCCGGCGGGCGCGCAGGCGCGGCCCCGUAGAAGUGACGCGGCGCAGCUGCUGCGAGGCGGCAUGUGUGCUUUACAUGGUGGCACGGCUUUAGCCUCUGCCGUUUUGCGGUCGUCUUCGGAUAGUUCGCCUUCAUUAUUAGAUGAAGCCUUGGCCGUCGCGGAAGGUUUGGUCAUGAGACAGCACGACGACUUGCUCUCAGCGGGGGCGCUGGUGGCCUGCGCGAGGGCCGGCUGGGGCGUCCUGGGCGCCGUCGUGGCGUCCUCGCCACCGAAGUGGUUGCGGACGAAGGCCCGUAGAUUAAGCGAGGUCUGGCAGCGGAGCGUCCAGUGGGCCGGCGACGACUCGAGCCAGGCGGCGGCCGAGGUGCGCCUGACCUGCCUGGAGGCUUGUUUAUCUUCGGUCGCCGCUCUAUGUGAAUCGGGCUCGCCUCUACUCGAAGGCAAGCUCGGCCAGGAUGUUGCGCAACUACUGACGCAGACGCGGUCCAUCCUCGCGUCGAAGCAAUUGCAAACAUCUAGAAGCUUCGCGCGUUUAGCUCUGUGUGCGGCUGCUUUACUCGAAGCCCAGGCCUCUCUACCAAACAAGGACGACGCGACGCUUUCAUUUAGAUGGUGUUGUGGCUUAUUCCUCGGGGCGGCCGGCGGCGGCUCGGCGCACGCGGCCUUCGCGGACUGCCCCAUCGCGGCUUUAAGGAGCGAGACGCCGGCGUGCACGACGUUCGAGCCGCGCGACGUGAUUGGCUGCGACGACGACGUCUUGCUGGCGUCGCACGCGUCUCCCGGAUUAGGACCCCCGGAUGCGGUGUUCCUGGGGGCCGGGGCAUGUUCGAGUGUAGUUGACGACGCCUACGCGUCGAAUUUGGCCGUGAGGUACGGGGACGCUUUAGGUCCUGGGGAGAGAGACGUCCUCGCGGCCUUGGCCGUGGGUCGGACGGGCGACUUGCCCGCGGAGCGGGCGGGCGAGACCCGUGCGAGGUUAGUGGACGCGUGCGUGCGGUGUCUGCGAGCGCUGAUACCGCGCGUCGACGCCGACGCGCAGCGCCAGGGUUUAGAUGCGUUGGCGGGCGCCUUGGAAGCCGCCCUCAACCCGGCGAAGCUCGCGAUGAUGGCUUCUGAUGAUGAGAAGCGCAAGCGGGAUCUGCGGUGCGCCGCGUGCGCGCGGAACGCGUCGAUGGCUUUAUUAGCCUGCGUCUCGAACCUGCCGCGGACCUACGCGACGCGGCCGGACCCGACGGCGGACCCCUUCGGGCCCCCGAAAUUAUUGUCAGAUGCGCCCUUCGGCGACAAGCCGCGCGACGCGCUCGCGCGCGCGCUGGCCGCGGCGUCGCCGUGCACGCGGCGCGCGGCCGCCGCGGCGUUGGCCGCUCUGGCGGCGCGCCUGCCGGACGCGCGAGCUAGACUCGGCGCCGCGCGCGCCCUGGCCGACGCCUGCGGGAGGCAGGACGCGCCGAAGAAUCCGGGAGACUCCGCGCGGCGCGCGGCCGCGGCGCCGGCCGUCGCGGAUCUGGCGCGGGAGAAGGUCCUGACGGCGCCGUCGGCCUGCGACGUCCUGGCGACGCCGCUGACCAAGGGGUCUCUUCUAUUAUCGACGACGGCGCGGGCCUGGGCCGUGCGCGGGCUGAGCGACGCCGUGCCCGGUCUAGUCCACGCGGAUAAUGAAAGGAGGCGCCAGGCCGUUUCCCUGGUAUUGGACGCGCUCGAGGCGCAGCUCGCGGCGCCCUUCGCCGAACCGACGACGAAGUCGCCGGCGCAAGCCAUGACGGAAACUAAAAGACCGGAGAACGUGUUUGGGUUCGACGGCGGGAGCGUGCUGGCGUGCUGCAUCGCGCGGUGCGUUGGUCAUUUAGUGGAGCCAACGCAAUUAACUGGAGACGUCGAUUUGGCGAGACGCUACGCGCGCGUCGCGGACGCCGUGUCCAGGUUAGACUUUGCUUCCGUAGAAGCGUAUGUGAAGAGAAACGCGGCCAAGGCGCUCCCGGCAUUGACGGGAGUCGUGCGCGGCCCGCACCUCGCCCUCAAGUGCGCGGCGCUGACGGACGCCGCGGCGCGCGGCGACGUGGAAAUGUUACGGACGAUAUGUCUCAUCAAAACUGAUGAAGACGCGUCGCAAGCUAUCAAGCGCAAGUGCGCGGCGCACGCUUCUAUAGUAUGCGUCGAGCGGGCCCAAGGACGUUUAAGUUCGGGGACGGCGCCGCGGUGGCGGGGCCUGUUCCUGCCGCGCGGCUUCGAGCGGAGGGAGGCCGUCGCGCGUUUAGCGGUUAUUGAUGCCCAUUCAUUACUAGCCGCGACGGCGCGAGCUGACGUGGACGACUGCCGCGCGGCGACGGCGUGGCUCUGCGUGCUCGGCGCGGAGCAGCCGCGGCGCGAGGAAAUUGGCUUAGGAGCGGUAUUGGACGCGUGCGCCGAGACGGAAGGCUGCCAGCGGUGGGUGUUGGGCGUCGUCGACGAGGAGCCCGGCGACGUGUCCGAAGUUGUGGAAGAGGAGGAACCGGUCCAGGAGACGCUGAAUUCGUUGCGACGGCAGGCGAUUGACGCGAAUCGCACGAAGGCGGCGGCGCCGCUCGCGCGGCUCGGCGCCGCGCCGCGCUGGCAGACGCGGUGCGAGCUCGCGAACGCGGCCGCGGCGGUCCUCGCACUCUUACGAGACCCGCUCCACACGGAUAUGAGGGAAGCGCGCAAGGCUGUAGACCAGGCCGUGCGCGACGCGCGCAAGGCUUUAAGGAGAAGGGACUUCGCGGCGCCGGCGCCGGACUACGCUUCUCUCAGAGCGGCGCGCGUCGCCGCGGCGGCGUGCUCGCUCGCCGGGUCGACGGUGGGCGACGACUUUGCGCUCUCCGAGUUGCGGGCCGCCGGUCUAGAUUUGCUCGCGGCGUGCGCCCGCUAUUUGGGAGGCGUCGUCGACGUCGACGACCCGCAGGGCGCGAAGGCCCUCGACGUCUACGCGCCGCAGAUGUCGUCGUCGCUCCGCGCGGCCCUGCGGCCCGGCGCGUCCUCCGUUGAGCUAAGGAGCGCCUUCCGGGCGGUCCACGAGGUCGGCGGCUUCCUCGACGCGUCGGCCUGGAAGCGCGUCGCCGACGUCGCGGCCAAGGGGGACUCCGGAGGCGUCUGGCGCCAGGCGACGGUCGCGGCCAUUGUGCUGCGGGACCCAUCAUUGGCCGUGGACGCGUCCGCGUGGCGCGCGACGUGCCGCGACGGCGCCCUGCUGCUGGACGACGGCGGUCCCGUGCCGGAGUACCUCGCGACGAUCGCGUGCGCCGCGUGCUUGUUUCCGUCGGAAGAUUCGUUCCCGGACGACGCGCUCGUGGCGCUCGCCCUGCGGAUUUGUGGCGACGACGAGGCCCAGCUUUCAGCAGUAGCGGUGCGCGCCGCUGCUUUAGCUGACGACGACCAGCGGUCGGCGGCCCUGGGCGAGGUCGCGCGGCGGGGCGCGCCGGGCGCCGCGUUCGACGCCUGUGCGAAGGCGGGCGUCGCGCCGCCGGCCGCCGUCGCCGCGUCGGUCCUCGACCCGCUGGAACGCGCGCUCGCCGAUCAAAGGGACGCGGGUGCCCCAUUGCGCGCCGCGGCGCGCCUCGCGACGCUCGACGACGUCGGCGCGACGCGACGCUGCCUGCUACUCGCUUUGCGGGCGUGCAGAUCGCCUUGGAGAGCGAUCGCGGAGGACCCGGCCGUCGCCGCGCUCGCACCCGCGGCCGUGUUGCUGGCGAAGCCGCUUCCUGCCGACGUGGCGGGCGUGCUCCCGGAGCUGGCGGUCGUGCGGCGCCAAGCCUUUUUGAAUGAUGGCGCGGAGCCCCGCGUCGCCGACGCGGCCGCGGCCGCCUUACUAAAAGCUUGGGCGGCCUCGAAGCCCGACGCGGCGCAGGCUGCGGCCGCUGGUGCGGCGCUCGCCGAAGCUCUCGACGCCGGUUUGCUGAACGUCGUGGCGGCUUACUUGCCGCCGCGCGGUGACGCCGUGCUAGGCGCUUCUGCCGCGGCGUUCGCGGCGGAGGUGCUCCCGCGCCUAGCAGCCAAGGCCUCGACCGGCGACGCUGCAUUAGAUAAGCUGGCGACGCCCCUCCUGAUCGCGGCGGCGCUGACGGCGCCGGUCUCCCACGAACGAGCGGCGCUCCUCGCCGAUUUGCUCGAGGCGCCCCUGAGCGCCCUCCUGAAAAGCGACGACGGGACCGGCGACGUCCUCGUGAAAGUAGCUACGGGCCACGUCGAGCUCUUCAAGGACGCCGUCGGGCGGUUAUCUCCGUCCGCGCUGGCCGACGUCAAGGCCGGCAUGGGGCGCGCCGCGGCACGGGCGCGGGCGCCGCAGCAGCCGGUGUCGCCGGCUGGAGGUGGUGUUCGCUUGGAUAUGAGUGCGUAUCGGUCUUAAUUAUGUGUUGUUCUAGUC